CGACUUUUCAAAAAAAUUAUGGUUAGUGAUGGAGGUCUUACGAAAGCGACUAAAUGAAUUUAGAGAGGAGGAAGACGAUUUAAGAGGUCAAGUUUCAGAUAUUGAAAGUCAAAUUAAAUGUGUGAUCGAUGAAACUCACAAAGUCAAUUCAGAACAGUAUGAACUUGCUUCUAAAGAAAUGUUACUUAAACAGAAGUGUCAGGUUCAGAACGACAGACUAAAAGACGCACUUAAUAAACUUUCCAACCAUCAAGAUAAUCACGAUCUACAUUCCAGGAAAUUAGAAAAUUUGAAUCACAAGAAUUAUAGUCAAGACUCAAAAAUGGAUGAAUUGGAGGCAGAGCUAGCGCAUUUGCGAAACGAGUGCCUAGAAGUUCAGUCUCGUGUUGAUGAGACUGUCAUCCAUCUGAAACAUGUAGAAUCUGCUAAGGAAAAUGCUGAAAAACGAGCCAAUGCAGCAGAGUUGAAAGUUCAAGAUCUUGAAUCGCAACAUAUAUCCACAUUAGAGGCUUUGAGACGUGCUGAGCUGAAUGAUAUACAAUAUCUAUCCACGGAUGAUUUAGAAAUGAAGGAAAAAAAUUUACGGGAACAGUUACAAACGGCAAUCGAUACCUAUGAGAAUUCUGAAAGAAAUAUUGCUACACUUGAACGACAAAUCAAAUCACGUAAAGCUGAAUUAUUAAAACAACAGACAGAAAAUGAAAAACUUAAAAAAGAAAUGGAAUUAUUCUUUAAAGAAAUGCGUGAUAUGUGAUUACGAUGCUGAUGAUGACGAUGAUAAUCAAGAGCUCUAUGCAUCAAUACACAACAAUGCACACUUAUAUAUAUAGCAAGAGAGAGGGAGAGAGAGAGAUAGAUAGAGAUUCUUAUUUAAUGACAUUCCAUUCUGUUAAGUUGGCUUCUUAUUACUAUUAUUAAUAUUCUUAUUCUUCUUAUUCUACUACAAAACACAAUAACAACCACAAAACAAUCUCAUCAUAUAUAGAUAUAUAUAUAUUGAUCAUUGAUCAUUGAUCAAUGUUCAAGUUUGUUUUACUAGACUAAUAACUUUUAAGAUAUAUGAUAUGAUAUGAUCAAGUAUAAAAAAUUUCAAAUUUUACUUUUA